AUGAAGAUAGCAGAGAGGGGUUUAUCACCAACGAAUGUUGUUAGACUUGGCUUGGCUUUAAACUUCGCGAUUUUGUAUUAUGAGGUCCUUAAAUCUACUGAAAGAGCAUGUAAAUUGGCUAAUCAAGCUUACGAAGAAGCAAUUGCUGAACUUGACGGUGUUGACAAUCAAUCGCAUGAAGAUGCAUUAUUUAUCUUAGAGAUAAUUAAAGAUAAUCUUUCCGUGUGGAUAGACGAACUGAAUUUGGAUACCCCACAAGUUAAGAAAGACGAUUAG